AUGGCAAGCAUUGCAAAAACGACGAAAUCUUAUUCUUACCGUUCAACCGGUGGCGGAAAUGCCGAUAUCCAAAUUGAAUAUAAUGCUGAUCUUAGCGCAUUGUCGAGAUUGGAGGACAAAAUUAGAUUAUUGCAAGAAGAUUUGGAAACAGAAAGAGAAUUUCGCCAAAGGAUCGAAAGAGAAAAAGCAGAUCUUAGCGUUCAAGUCAUUCAACUAUCUGAACGUUUAGAAGAAGCUGAAGGUGGCGCCGAAAGUCAGUUUGAAAUAAAUAAGAAGAGAGAUUUAGAACUUGCAAAAUUGAGAAAAUUAUUAGAAGAUGUUCAUUUGGAAAGUGAAGAAACGGCUCAUUUAUUGCGGAAAAAACAUCAGGAAAUCGUUGUCGAUUUUCAAGAUCAAAUCGAUCAAUUAUCGAAAGCAAAACAAAGAGCCGAAAAAGAAAAAGCAAGAUUUCAACAAGAAGUUUACGAUCUUAUGGCACAACUUGAAUCAGCAACUAAAGAUAAGCUUGUGAGUGCAAAACACGUUGAAAAAUUAGAAAUUCAAGUACACGAACUUAACGUUCGCAUCGAAGAACUUAAUCGUACCAUUGUCGACAUAACAUCGCUCAAAACAAAAAUCUCUCAGGAAAAUAUCGAACUUGUUAAAGAGGUACAAGAUCUUAAAGUCAGCAUUGAAAAUGUUAAUUAUUUGAAGAGUCAAGUUGCCGGUCAAUUGGAAGAUGCCAGACGACGACUUGAAGAUGAUGAAAGGAGACGAUCACUUCUCGAAGCUUCCCUACACCAAGUUGAAGUCGAAUUGGAAUCUGUUAGAGUUCAAUUGGAAGAAGAAUCCGAAGCUCGUCUUGAGUUGGAACGUCAAUUGGUAAAAGCCAAUGGGGAUGCUCAAUCGUGGCGUUCUAAAUACGAAACGGAAGCUGCUGCAAGAGCAGAAGAAGUCGAAGAACUUAGACGCAAAUACAAUGCACGAAUUCAAGAACAAGAAGAACACAUUGAAUCUCUCGUUGUUAAACUCAACAAUUUGGAAAAACAAAAAUCCCGAUUGCAAAGCGAAGUUGAAAUAUUAAUCAUCGAUUUGGAAAAGGCCAACAACACGGCGAGAGAAUUGCAAAAACGUGUUGAACAAUUGGAAAAAGUCAACGUCGAACUCAAGAGUAGACUCGAUGAAACCGUAAACCUUUACGAACAGGCUCAACGCGAUCUUAGAAACAAAGCAGCCGAACUUCAAAGAGUCAAUCACGAAUUGGACAAAACUCGCGAACAAAAAGAUGCUCUCGCUAGAGAAAACAAAAAGUUGAGCGAUGACUUGCACGAUGCCAAAAACACAAUUUCUGAAAUGAACAGAAGAUUACACGAGAUGGAAUUGGAAUUGAGACGUCUCGAAAAUGAAAGAGAAGAACUUUCAGCCGCAUACAAAGAAGCCGAAGCUGGACGCAAAGCCGAGGAACAAAGAGCACAAAGAUUAGCUGCUGAAAUGGCUCAAUACCGUCACGAAGCAGAACGUCGCUUGCAAGAAAAAGAUGAAGAAAUCGAAGCAAUCAGAAAGCAGACGAGCAUUGAAAUAGAACAAUUAAGCGCUCGUUUGGUUGAAGCGGAAACGAAAUUGAAAACGGAAGUGACUCGCAUCAAGAAGAAAUUUCAAAUACAAAUCACAGAACUCGAAUUAUCAUUGGAUGUCGCCAAUAAGAAUAAUAUCGAACUUCAAAAAACUCUUAAGAAACAAUCAUUGCAACUUACCGAAUUGCAAGCUCAUUAUGAUGAAGUUCAAAGACAAUUGGCCGUUACCAUGGAUCAAUAUGGUAUCGCGCAAAGACGCAUUCAAUCACUCACGGCUGAAUUGGAAGAAGUCAGAGGAAAUUUGGAUGCGGCUAUUCGAGCCAAGAGAAACGCCGAACAGAGUUACGAAGAGGCCACGAGCAGAGUUAACGAAUUAACAACAUACAAUGUUAAUUUGGCAUCUGCAAAAUCAAAGAUCGAACAAGAACUUGCCGCUCUUGCUAACGAUUACGAUGAAGUUACCAAAGAACUUCGAGUAUCGGAUGAAAGGUAUCAACGCGUUCAAGUCGAAUUGAAACACACGGUUGAAAUAUUACACGAAGAACAAGAGCGUAUCGUUAAAAUCGAAGCAAUUAAAAAAUCAUUGGAAAUCGAAGUUAAAAAUCUUUCGGUUCGUUUAGAAGAAGUCGAAGCGAAUGCCAUCGUCGGUGGAAAAAGAAUCAUAAGCAAACUCGAAGCUAGAAUUAGAGACAUCGAAUUGGAAUUGGAUGAAGAAAAACGUCGACAUGCUGAAACGAUUAAAAUCCUUCGUAAGAAAGAAAGGCAAGUUAAGGAAAUGAGCAUACAAUCGGAAGAAGAUCAAAAGAACGUUGCACUUCUUCAAGAAUCUCUCGAUAAGGUCAAUCAAAAGGUUAACAUUUACAAGAGACAAUUGCAAGAACAGGAGGGUAUGUCUCAACAAAACGUUACUCGAGUUCGAAGGUUCCAACGAGAGCUCGAAGCAGCAGAAGAUCGUGCUGAUACAGCCGAGAAUAAUCUUUCCCUCAUUCGUGCCAAGCAUAGAACCUUUGUGACCACCAGCACCGUUCCAGGUUCUCAAGUUUAUCUCGUACAAGAAACGAGACACACAACAUCUCAAGAAACAUUUUAA